GCCCUGCUAGCCUGCGCGCCCCGGGCGGGCGGAGAUGGAGAAGCCCAGCCCGGUUCUCCACUGCUGGGUUCCCGGCCCGAGCUGCUCAUAGCUUUCAAGCCCGUGACGUGGCGGCGCCGGUCCAGACACAAAGGCCGAGUCCCGGGGCCGCUGUGAGCCCAAGCGCCAUGCGAGCCGGUACUGGCUGCCCGCUGCCCAGGAGAAGCCGGAGCGCCCACCUCAGUCGCCGUGCGCCGGCUCUAGCCCAGGCUGCAGGCUGGUGGGCGCCGCCGCGCCGGGGCUGCAGAGACUGAAGCCACCCUAGCUCCGGUGGUGCCGCCCCAGGUGCGAAGCCAGGGGUGCCCAGGAGACUGGGACCGGUUGGUUCGGGAGUCUUCCGAGGCGCGGCGUUGGAGGCCGUGCGGACCAUCGCUGGAGACCAGCGCGAGACCCGCGGGGCGGUGUGGGCCCGGCGCCGGGACCGCCUCGGAGAACUGACCUGAAGCUUCCCUAUCAUCAGUGGGGUUUCAAAAUUAUAAAUCAUGGAGGCCAAUCAGGAGACUUCUCUCUUCUUGGUGAAGAUCUUGGAGGAACUGGACAGCAAGCAAAAUACCGUUUCCUAUCAGGACCUGUGCAAAUCACUGUGUGCCCGGUUUGAUCUGUCGCAACUUGCCAAACUGAGAAGCGUGCUCUUCUACACUGCUUGUCUCGAUCCCAAUUUUCCAGCCACAUUAUUCAAAGACAAGAUGAAAUGCACUGUGAAUAACCAGCAAUCCAAGAAAAUCAUGGUGGCAGCAGACAUCGUGACCAUAUUCAACCUGAUCCAAAUGAAUGGGGGUGCCGCUAAGGAGAAGCUGCCUACUGGUCGCCAAAAGGGCCGCAAGAAGGAGGCGUCCUUUGAAUCAUGCAGGUCUGACACAGAGAUCUGCAACGCUGCCGAGUGUGAGCCCCUGAACUGUGAGCUGAGCGAGAGGCCCUUCAGCCGGGGCUACCCCACCAGGCAGUCAUCCAAGUGCCGCAAGAUGGAUUGCAAGGACUGCCCGCAGUUUGUCCCUGCCUCGGAGCCCAACUUCUUGUUGGGUGUCAGCAAAGAGGUGAAAAACCGGGCUGCUUCCCUGGACAGGCUGCAGGCUCUGGCCCCAUACUCUGUGGCCAGCCCUCAGCCCUGUGAGAUGCAAAGGACCUACUUCCCCAUGAACAUCGAGAAUGAGUCCAUUUCAGACCAGGACUCCCUGCCCCUCAGUCAGAGCAUCAAGGAGACCUUCAUCUCCAAUGAGGAGCCCUUCGUGGUUCAGUCUUGUGUCCAGAAAAGGAACAUCUUCAAAGAGGAUUUUCACAAUCUCAUGACCGUGUCCCCGAGUUUGGUUGAUCCUACCAACAAAGCAGAGGCUGAGCAUGGGGAACAUCAGAGUCGAAAGGAGUCCCACAAGCCACCCUUCUUUAAUCACAGCUUUGAGAUGCCCUACCACAGCCAGUACCUGAACCCGGUGUAUUCCCCCGUUCCUGACAAAAGGCGCGUAAAGCAUGAAAGCCUAGAUGACCUUCAAGCAUCUACGUAUUUCGGACCCACUCCUGUGAUGGGAACCCAGGACACCAGACGCUGUCCGGGGAGGCCCAGUAAGCAGACUCCGUGGCCAGCCAAAAGCUGGAGCUUAAAUACAGAGGAAGUUCCUGAUUUUGAACGGUCCUUUUUCAAUAGAAAUCCCUCCGAGGAAAAGCUACGCUACCCGAAUCCCGGAAGCCAGACCCCCAAUUUUUCAGCUCCAGACAGGCGCCCCACUUACUUGGUGCCGAAGGAUCAGCAGCCGAUUCUCCCCAUUGGCUACGCGGUGAAACAAAAUGGGCUCAAAUCUAAAGAGAUCUCAUCCCCUGUUGACCUGGAGAAGCACGAAGCCAUCAAGAAGUUUAAAGACAAGAGUAUUAGCUGCACCAGCGGACAGCUCAGCUCAGACACCAGUAGCGUGGGCACUCAGACGGAGCAGCACGUCCUAGAACCCAAGAAAUGCAAAGACUUGUGCGCCUCUGGCCCGGGCAAGUACAGCGACAGGCACAUGAAGCACUCCGAUGACGACUCUGAAAUCGUCAGUGACGAUAUCAGUGAUAUUUUCCGGUUCCUCGACGACAUGAGCAUCAGUGGUUCUACGGGGGUGAUACAGUCGUCCUGCUAUAACAGCACCGGGUCCUUGUCUCAGCUUCAUAAGUCGGACUGUGACAGUUCCCCAGAGCACAACCUCACCAAAAUUGCCAAUGGGGUCCCCAACAGCAAGGGAGACAAGGGCAACCGGCCCGAAAACAUCCGCCACUCGGAAGAAGAGUUGAAGACCAGUGUGUGCAAACUGGUGCUCAGGAUCGGUGAAAUUGAACGGAAGCUGGAAUCACUGUCGGGGGUCCGCGAGGAAAUCUCCCAGGUCCUGGGCAAACUCAAUAAACUGGAUCAGAAGAUGCAGCAGCCAGAGAAGGUGAAUGUGCAGAUCGAUCUGAACUCCUUGACUAGCGAGGCUCCCUCGGAUGACAGCGCCUCUCCCCGGGUGUUCCGUGCACACAGUGGCUCCCAUGGACCCAAGCUGGAGAGCAACGCGGACUGGUGCUGCUCCGAUGCCAGCGGAAGCAACAGCGAAAGCCUGCGCGUCAAGGCCUUAAAAAAAAGCCUCUUCACCAGGCCAUCCUCCAGGUCCCUGACCGAGGAGAACAGCGCCACCGAGUCCAAGAUCGCCAGCAUCUCCAACUCGCCCAGAGACUGGCGCACCAUCACCUACACCAACCGCAUGGGCCUCAAUGAGGAGGAGAUAAAAGAGGCAGGCCCAGGAGAUAAUAAGGACUGGCAUCGGAAAUCUAAAGAGGCUGACAGGCAGUAUGACAUCCCCCCACAGCACCGACUGCCCAAGCAGCCCAAAGAUGGCUUCCUGGUGGAGCAGGUGUUCAGCCCUCACCCCUACCCCACCUCACUCAAGGCCCACAUGAAGAGCAACCCCCUGUACACGGACAUGCGGCUGACGGAGCUGGCUGAGGUGAAGCGGGGCCAGCCUUCUUGGACCAUCGAGGAGUAUACGCGGAACACAGGCGACAAGGGCAAGCUGACAGCCCUGGACCUGCAGACACAAGAAUCUUUAAACCCGAACAACUUAGAAUAUUGGAUGGAAGAUAUUUAUACUCCAGGCUAUGAUUCGUUACUAAAACGGAAAGAAGCUGAAUUCAGACGUGCCAAGGUCUGCAAGAUCGCGGCUCUGAUCGCUGCUGCCGCGUGCACGGUCAUCCUUGUCAUUGUUGUGCCCAUCUGCACGAUGAAAUCAUGAGCCUGUGGACACUGCAUUCAUGAAGCUUAGGACUACUGAUGACUUCUUCCAUGUUUGAAGAGCUUGCAGCAGUGCGACAACCGUUUGCUGAAACAGAGGUGAAAUCAUGGAGACUUUUCUGCAAAUGCCGAAGGAGGUCUUCAGAGGGUAUAUACUCUAGAAAGAAAUCUACCUACUUAUUAGCUUUGACUUACUUACACUCUGAUGCAUUUUUAGAAGUGCAAUAUCUUUUCCUACCAAAAGAAUGUAAUGGACUAUCAGUGAAUACAAAGUGAAUAUUCUAAGCAAAAAUAAAAAAGGAAGAUUAAUUGGAUUCUUUCCAUUUUGAUGAUGUUUUUUGGCCUGGAAUAAGUUAUACAUAAGAUAUUUAAUACAUGCCUCCCUGGGGAAGCUGAGGGUGAUAGCAAAGUGAAAAGAAAAAGGAGAUGGGUUCUAUUUUUCCGUAAUAAUGCUCUGAGACCAUUGCUGGUGAAGUACAGGGUGUGUGUCCACACAGGAUCUUACUUCUCUGCUGACUUUUAUCAAGGGCUACCGACUUUGCAUCCUUGCCCUUCUAUCAUCACCAUGACAGAAUGUCUGCAGAUUGCAGAUCUUCGUGGGAACAUUCUAGACCUUCUUCCUUGUGCCCAGAGUAGGAAGGAGCUGGCCUGCCAAGCCAGCAUGGCACCAAAUGUGCCCUUUCUGCCUAAUGGCCAAGGUGUUCAGGACAGGAGACCUUCCUAUCCCCAACCCAUGGUGUGGGGAGAUGCUUGCUCAUGGUGAAAGGUCGAUAUUUGAAAAUUGUGGCCACCCCAAAGGAUCUACCACUUUUGCUCUGGCGAGUGGUUCUACUCCUUGACUUUCUCUCUCCUAGUGAUACCAUAUACUCUGCUUUGAAGAGUUUGGAACUUGUCCUUGUGCCUUGAGGAGUAGAGACAAAUGGCGACACUUUGACAUUCUAACUCUAUACCAUGGUUUCCAUGCACCACCCAUAUCAGCUAUUUUCAAUGGCUUAAAAAGAUUUCGAAAGCUUGUUCAAUACUAUGAUAAAGGCACUGAGGUCUUCUCAACUACCCCAACACCUACUCCAGAGUUUUGAAUACUUGUCAGCAGUGCAAAAAAAAUAGUAUCUAUUUAACCACUUAUCUAUCUACAUGUCUAUCUAAAUACGUAACUUUUGUUUAUUGUCUUCUCUGUUAAGUAACUCGAGAGCAAAGUUUUCUCCAGUGUAUAAGAAGUUGUUGUGAUUUCAUUAGAGUCUGAUCUCAAGUUUCCACCUGCUGAAUGGUGCUUUGCCAAUAACUGGACAGAAAGAAUCCUUGUCAACAUCUGCUUCUAAUGUUCUGUUAUGAGUUAAAACAAAACAAAACAAAAAUUUGCCAAGCAAGCAACCUUAAAUUCUUUUCUUCUCGAGGUGGUAUAUACAUAAUUUUUGGAUAGUAAGAAAUUUUUGCUCUGGAUGGUAUGAUAAAUUCCUGCAAGUGGGGCUUGGGAAGCAUCUCAAUUUUUAAAGCAAUAGGAGUCCAGCAAUCAUCCUAAACAAUUACAAUAAUAUUUAGCUUGCUGUGUCUAAUUCUACUGUUCACUAUUAAGAGGUAGUCAGUGCAUUUUAUGAUGUUAGCAAAUGAGGGAUGGAUGCUCUCAACUGUAGUGAGCCUUUAUUUUUAGAGGUCUUCAUGUUAUCUAUUUCUAUUGUCAUGUUUAUGUAUGGAUUUUCAAUUAGGUGACUGAAACUUAAGCCUUAGUAUUGAGGGUUUAUAAUUGAAAAUGAAAAAAAAAAAAACCUCUAUAUAUUAUUGUCUAUUGUCAGAAUUUUAGUCUUUUGGUGCUCCAUUUUAAAUUGGGCACUUUAAAUAAGAUUAUUUCUUUCACCCCAAAGAGGUCAUAGAUUACACCCUUGGGAGUUGCUGUCCUGCCUUCUCUCCUCCAACCAGUAAGAUUCUGUACCGCAUUCUGGUCCCACCAUUCUGCCCUCUAUCACAGAUUAAGCUGCCAGAGCAUCAGAGAUCGUACCUCCCAACUUCUGUGUCUGUGAUUUGCAGAAAAGUGGAGAUGUGCUCACCCAGGAUAAGAAAAAUCUUGUUAAAUCCCAUCCCGACUCCUCCAUUAGAAAGAUAGGAUCAUGGUGGUUGGGCCACACCACUUUGCCACUGCCGUUGGGUGAAUCUAUUACUAAUGGACCCUCUCUGCGUCAUGUGCCUAGCUACUGAGGGAGGGCACCACUGUGUGCCCCACCCCAAGCAUGGAAGUAGAAGGACCCUGUGGAGCCUUCUAUAUUUUUUCUUCAUUUUUGGGGAGAUAGCCAGUCUUGCUUGAAGUCCAGUAUAAAAUUUAAAUUCAACUCAACAUUGUUAUUACAUAAUGAAACAUCCAGACCUGGUGUUAACCCAGGAAAUCAGAUACUGAAGGUUUAUCAGGGGUGGGGUCAUCCUCAGCCUGAUGGUACCAAGUCUACUGUUGAAGUAGCAGGCCCUGGCUGUGUCUUGAAGCUAACUGGUGCUUGAGGUCUUGGGAUCCAUAGAAGGUGAAGUUCAUAGUUGGAUCCUUUCUCCAUUGGCCCCUAAGCUUGCUCCAGCCUUCUUCCCCAGGACCCCAGACUCACCCCAGCAAUUCCAGUCCCUUAAUAUGCUGAGUGGAACAAGAAAGAGUCUGGAUGAAAGGGAAACAUCUACCCAUCCCUUUAAUAUGUGCCCCUCAUUUCCUGCUACAAUGAGCUCCCCCCAGAUGACAGGUAGACUGACCUAUCUUCAGUGCUGGGUAUCAUCUUCUACCACAUUCUGGCACUUUAUGUGGAGUACAAUUUCUUGUAUCAGAGUCCAAAAUCACUACAUGAUUAAAAUUCACUGCAUUUUCUUGUAUUUUAAAAAAUAAACAAUCAGAUGUUAUUAUUGAAGGGAUUAUUUUGAAAUCAAAUGUCCUUAGACAAUGAUUAAAUUCAGAAACAUUUCAUCCUUUUUUCUAAUCUGAAUUUGUUUUGAACAUAGCCUUGCAGAGAAGAAAAAAAAAAAGAGUACCCAGCUCUCAGAUUUCGGAUAUUUUAUACCAG